UGUCACUCGAGCAAAAUAAAAAAUGGCUGCAUUUUGAAUAAAAUGUUUGUGAAAUUGUGGUAAAUUGACAGCUGUGAUAGUGAAUACGAAUAUUAUGCGAAUGUUAUGCGUAUACUAAAAUAUAUAAUAAUUUAGACAAAAUGACGAGACCGUUUGGCAACAGUGAUAAACGUUUUUCCAUUGACGACGCCUUCGAGGAAGAGACUGAUGAAGCGAUCAAGGUGUACGGCGCAACGGGCGAUAAGUCUCCUUUACAAACAAAACUAAAGAUUGGAGGCGAUUACCUGUCUAGCAAGACAUACAAAUGUACGGAAGACACGACUUCCCGAGACUCUGACUCUCUCAUCCACGAAUAUGUGGAGGCCACACAGUCUAUGUACUGCUGGAAUCAUCCUAAAGUCCGGGAAAAUUGGAAAACAGUCUGUGCAGCGGUCAUACUCCUCGUUGUAGGAGUAGGCCUUCUGAUCAUGGGCGCCUAUGCUGUCGCUGAGCCUGAGAACGGUCUCCAAGGUGCGGUGUUCUUUGUUGCAGGCAUGAUAUGUUUCGUACCCGGAGCUUAUCAUGUAGUGUACAUAUGGCUAGCAGCGCGGGGACAGAGAGGCUACGACUUUUACCAUCUGCCACUGUUUACUUGAAUUUAAUUAUGAUAAAAUGUUGUGUUUGAGGGGUUAAGGGAUCUGCAAACAUUAGAAAUACAAAUCAGCAUGUAUGAUCACGCAUAUUGCACUGAAUAAUACAAAUAGUAGGCAGGCAUUUUGUGUGUGACACUAAUAUUAUAUUAUUAUUUAUUUUCUUUGCCUAAACUAUUGGUAAGAAAUGAUAUUAUUGUUGUUUGUUGGUGAGUAUGAAUGUUUUAUCCUUAUUUACUUGAGUCAUACUGUGUUCACAGUACUCGGAUGACUGGUGUUUCCGAGAAGUAACAAUAUUAGAAAUCAACACAUAUUUUCACAUUAAUUUGCCUGUCUUUGUUGAUAUUGUAUUUCAUAUUGCCCUAACUCAGUGCCUAGACAACAUUUUAUCAGCGACAAAAUGUCUCUUUGGUGUAUAUUCCAAUCGGAGGAAACUUAGAAAUUUUCAAUAACUGUAAGCAUCAGUAGUAAUAACUGCAUGCUAUAAUUAUUAAUAUGAAUUUUAUUUACAAGACCUUGCUCUCUAUGAAGUAUUUUAUUAUGAAAUAUUAAUUUGUAUGAGAGAAAUUAUAAUCACAUACAAUGAAGUCAACCUAUAAUUUUAUAUUUUUAAAAACAUACAUAUUAAUAUUUUAAUCAACUAUAGGUUGUGUUUUUACUAUAAAAUUAAAUCAGUAGAUAUCAAUUUAAACUCAUUUAGUUCUUGUGGUUGUGUGUUCCUUGUGUGGCAAGUAUACAGAGAUUUUUAGUAUGUAUUUGAAAACUGUCUGAUUUGGACAUGUUGUAGAUAACAAAUAAGCAGCAGCUAUGAAAAUGUCAGAGAAAUGAGAAAUAUGCUUCAGCAUACUGGUUAUUACUAUUUACUAGUCACAUAUUCAUACCCUUAUCAUAAAAAUCAGAAAAAUCAUGGAAGUAUUUAUUUAUGCUCCUAUAUUACUUCAAGGAUGAAAAUGAGGAAUAUUUCAACUAUUAAUGUAUUCUAAAAGGACCAUGAUUACCAUGGAAAUAAAUGUUUAACUGUAAUAAAAAAAUGUAAAUAUUUAUAUGAAAUAAAUAAAGAUUGAAGAUAUAUUAUACAAAAAAUUCAUAAACUUAUAAAUAUACUAUGGCUACUUAUCUUAAAAAACUGUAGUGUUAUAUUAGAAUUCAGAUAUGAUUUAUAUCAGCUUACUACAGUCAUGAAAAACCUAUGAAUAACUAUUUGUUUGCUUACAGAUGUUUUGUUCAUCAGUGAGCUAAGAAAGCAUAAUAAUACUUUAAAAAUGUAUGUUUUCUCCAGAAAAUACAUAAAUGCUAAAUAGUUGUAAAAACCUUAUUUGUUUCCCACAAGUAAGCUCCGGAAUAGGAGGCUGAGGAGCGCGCGCCACGCUGG